AUGCAGAUCAUUGAGUGGCUCUCCAAGAUAACAACACAAGAACCUUCAAGGGUGGCUAAUUCUAAAGAUCAGAAGGAAGUUAAGUCGAAAGAUAUAGUGCCCUUCGACGACUGUGGAUUUAAACAAAGGUGCUCGAAAAGAGUCGAACAAAGCGGAUUGAACUGCGAGGAUUUUCAUCUUUUCGACUUUAUACGGAAAAAUAGUUACUUCUACCACACACUCAACCUGAAGUCGAUCAAAGGUUGCCGUAAAAGGCCUCAUUCUGCGAAUUCCAUGAAGAUGAAGAAAGAAGAACUUGGCCUUGCCCAAAAGACUGAUUCGAACGUGGGGAAUAAAGUCUUGCCUAUAACCGACACGUCUCAUUCCUCGAACGACGAACAAUGUCCUAAUCCGGACAAGAAGGAAAAGUCGAAGGGGGACAGAAUGAAAACCAUAUUCAGAAUGAAAGAGUUGCUUAAGUGGGCAGCGGCUGCCAAGACCGAAAAAGGCGGGAAAUACAUCGGACGAAAGGUGUUGCUUUUCAAGAAUCGGGCGGCUUUGAAGGCAUUGCCGCACAACGACCAGCUUAACGACGAGUCUCCAAAGAUCAGCUUCAGGUGGGAAGUCGAGAGCUGCUCGACCACUUCCUCUGUAUACUCAGCAAUUUCUCAAGUGGCUUCCUCAUUGAAACACGACCGAGCGGUCAAACCUGAGUCAAUAAGUUCGACUCCUUUGCACGUUCGAGAUCAGUCUGUCGCCCGACCGGGGAACUGGAUCACCACGGAUUCUGACUUCGUCGUGCUCGAGUUGUGA